AAAGAAAUACGCUAAUCUUUAAGUAUCUUUGACUUUGAAUUUCUGCAGUUUGGAUUGUCCAGGAAGGAAGUUCGAACAUAUUAUUUAAAGAUUUUUGGGAAGUCAACUAUUUGGAUACCCUAACUUGAUUUGGAUAAAGAAGUGCUGCGUGUUCAAUUUCUUAAUUUCUGAAUACUUAAUUUUUUAAUUUCUGAAUAUUCAAUUUUUUAAUUUCUGCAUAGUCAAGAAGAAGAUAGAAGCAUAAAUUAUGCCGUUAUGAUGAUUUUCAUUAUAUUUGCUAUAUCAAUACCGUUAUUAUACUGUGGGUUAAAUAAUGUGUAUACUUAUGAGUGAUGUAUUUGCUUACCUCAUCAGCUUGUAUGAUCAAAUAGACUAAUACCAGACAAAGAGUGAAUAGUUUAUAUUAGACAGGAUGAUGCAUCCCUCUUUAGUUUUCUGUGAUAUAAAUACAAAUGGAUUUGUAGCUUUGACAGCACCAAAAUGGCUCAGCUGGUGGGUUCAGAUGAAAUUGAAUCAAUAAGAGCUGAGCUAUCAGAGAUUGGAAGAAGCUUAAGGUCAUCAUUUAGACAUCGUAUCUCGAGUUUCAGAAGUAACUCGGUUUUGAGUUCCACUGCAAAUGAAGAUGUUUUUGAUGAGGAUUACUUGUUGCAGUGGGCAGCUAUUGAGAGAUUGCCUACCUUUGACAGAUUGAGAUCAGCUGUUUUUGAAGAAAACAAUGGAAAUGAGGCCCAAGUUCAGGGAAAACGGGUGGUUGAUGUCACCAAGCUUGGAACUCUGGAAAGGCAUAUGUUCAUUGAAAAGCUCAUCAAACACAUUGAGCAUGACAACCUCCGCCUUUUGAGGAAAAUCAGAAAAAGAAUUGACAGAGCCGAUGUAAAGUUGCCCUCUGUGGAAGUGAGAUACGCUAAUCUACAUGUGGAAGCAGAGUGUGAGGUUGUUUAUGGAAAACCCCUCCCAACUCUUUGGAAUUCUUUCAAGAGUUUGAUAAAGAUCUUUGUAAGGUUUCCAUGUUUGAAGUCUGAAGUGGCCAAGAUACAGAUUAUUAAUGAUGUAAGCGGUGUCAUUAAGCCUGGAAGAAUGACUCUGCUACUUGGUCCUCCGGGAUGUGGGAAGACAUCAUUAUUGAAAGCACUCUCAGGAAACCUGGACAACUCUCUGAAGGUUCGGGGAGAUAUUUCUUACAACGGGCACAACUUACAAGAAUUUGUCCCCCAGAAAACUUCUGCAUACAUUAGUCAAUACGAUUUACAUAUCCCUGAAAUGACUGUCAGAGAAACCCUUGAUUUCUCAUCUCGUUGCCAGGGUGUUGGUAGCAGAGCCGAUAUUAUGGUCGAGCUAAGUAAAAUGGAGAAGGAAGCAGGAAUUGUUCCUGAUCAGGACAUAGAUAUUUACAUGAAGGCAAUUUCUAUGGAAGGACAAAAAACAAACCUUCAGACAGAUUACAUCCUUAAGAUUCUCGGACUUGAUGUUUGUGCUGACACAAUAGUAGGUGAUGCUAUGAGAAGAGGUAUCUCCGGAGGCCAAAAGAAAAGACUUACAACAGGGGAAAUGAUUGUUGGCCCCACAAAGGCAUUGUUUAUGGAUGAAAUAUCAAAUGGCUUAGAUAGUUCGACCACAUAUCAAAUUGUUGCUUGCCUUCAACAGUUGGCACACAUCACAGAUGCUACAAUACUAAUGUCUCUUCUUCAGCCAGCACCAGAAACAUUUGAUCUCUUUGAUGACAUAAUCUUGAUGGCUGAGGGAAAAGUCGUUUUCCAUGGUCCCAGAAGCAACAUAUUAGAAUUUUUUGAAAGUUGUGGGUUCAAGUGUCCUGAAAGGAAAGGGGUAGCCGACUUCCUCCAGGAGGUCAUCUCAAGGAAAGAUCAGGCACAAUACUGGAAUCGAAUUGAGCAGGCAUAUAGCUAUGUUUCUGUUGAUACAAUAUCAAGGAAAUUUAAGGAAUCUCCUUAUGCAAAGAAUCUCUUCAAGCAGCUUUCUGAGCCAUUUGACAAGUCCAAGAGCCAUAAAAAUGCUAUAUAUUCUAGUGUGUAUUCACUUCCUAAAUGGACACUUUUCCGAGCUUGCAUGUCAAGAGAAUUUCUUCUCAUGAAAAGAAAUUCAUUUAUUUAUGUAUUCAAAUCUGUUCAGCUUAUCAUAAUUGCAUCCAUAGCAAUGACUGUGUUUUUGAGAACUAAGAUGGAUGUGGAUGUUCUGCAUGCAAAUUAUUAUUUGGGAGCUCUAUUCUAUGCCCUAAUUAUUCUACUUGUUGAUGGGUUCCCUGAGUUGUCCAUGACCGUUACAAGGCUAGAAGUUUUCUUCAAGCAGAGAGAAUUGUGCUUCUACCCAGCAUGGGCAUAUGCAAUCCCAGCUACCAUUCUCAAAUUUCCUCUUUCUUUGUUGGAAUCUGUUGUUUGGACAUCUCUUACUUAUUACGUCAUAGGUUUCAGUCCUGAGGCUGGGAGGUUCUUCCGCCAAUUACUUGUACUCUUUCUCGUGCACAUGUCAUCAAUAUCCUUAUUCCGGUUUGUGGCGGCUGUCUCCCGGACAGUUGUUGUAGCUACAACAGCUGGUAGUCUAUCAAUACUGUUUGUUAUGUUAUUUGGUGGCUUCAUAAUCCCAAGAUCCUCUAUGCCAGUUUGGUUGAAAUGGGGAUCCUGGGUUUCUCCAGUUACAUAUGGUGAGAUAGGCCUUGCUCUGAAUGAAUUUCUUGCCCCGCGAUGGCAAAAGAUGCCACCUACAAAUGUGACAAUAGGAGACGAAGUUCUUGAAAGCCGAGGAUUAAACUUUGAUGGCUACUUGUAUUGGGUGUCAGUUGGUGCUUUGUUUGGUUUUACAAUAUUAUUUAACCUUGGUUUCAUAUUAGCCUUGAGUUUCCUUAAACCCCCGGGUUCACGUGCUAUUAUCUCAAAGGAAAAAUUCUCCAAAAUACAAGGAAGUGGAGAAUCACUUCAUGAAUCACCUGUUGAAAAAACUUCUGAGUCUUCUAAUCCAGGCGGAAUGGUUUUACCUUUUCAAGCCUUAAGCGUAGUUUUUCAAGAUGUUGAAUACUACAUUGACAUGCCUGCGGCAAUGAAGGAACACGGUUUCACCGAAAAAAGACUUCAACUUCUUUCCGACAUCACUGCUGCACUCAGACCUGGUGUUCUUACUGCUCUUAUGGGUGUCAGUGGUGCUGGAAAAACGACUCUUCUUGAUGUUCUUUCUGGUAGAAAAACUAGUGGUAUAGUGGAAGGAGAAAUAAAGAUUGGAGGGUACCCUAAAGUUCAAGAGACAUUUGCUCGAGUUUCUGGUUACUGUGAGCAAACUGAUAUACAUUCUCCUCAGAUUACAGUAGAAGAAUCAGUUAUCUUUUCUGCUUGGCUACGGCUUCCUCCAGAGAUUGAUUCCAAAACCAAAUCUGAAUUUGUGAAGGAAGUCAUUGCGACAAUUGAACUUCACGAAAUAAAGGACAUGUUGGUUGGCAUGCCUGGUACCAGUGGUCUUUCAACAGAGCAACGGAAGCGGCUAACAAUUGCUGUGGAGCUUGUUGCGAACCCCUCAAUCAUCUUCAUGGAUGAACCUACAACUGGACUUGAUGCAAGGGCAGCUGCAAUUGUGAUGCGGGCUGUAAAGAACGUGGUUGCCACAGGAAGAACAAUUGUAUGCACCAUUCACCAACCGAGUAUUGAUAUAUUUGAAGCUUUUGAUGAGCUUAUUCUCUUGAAAACCGGUGGGAAAAUGAUCUACUGGGGACCGCUGGGUCGGCAUUCUUGUAAAAUGAUUGAAUAUUUUGAGGGUAUCUCUGGUGUGCCAAAAAUAAAGGAUAACUAUAAUCCGGCAACGUGGAUGUUGGAAAUCACUUCAACAUCUGCAGAAGCUGAACUUGGCUUAGAUUUUGCAGAAAUUUAUCAAAAAUCUUCUUUAUACAAAGAUAAUAAAGAGCUUGUAAAGAAGCUUAGUGUUCCACCUCAAGGCUCAAAGCAGCUGCAUUUUCCUACGACCUUUUCACAGAACGGAUGGGUCCAAUUCAAGACCUGCCUCUGGAAGCAGUAUUGGUCUUACUGGAGGAGUCCUUCGUACAACUUGGCACGGUGCAUUUUUAUGCUCAUCACAUGUGUUAUUUUAGGACUGUUGUUUUGGGAUCAAGGGAAGAAAAUCGACAACCAGCAGGGCUUGUUCAAUAUACUUGGUGCAAUAUUCACUGCAGUAAUCCUCUGUGGGAUAAACAACUCCUCAACAGUUUUACCAUAUGUCAGCACAGAGAGAGCUGUCUUGUACAGGGAAAGAUUUGCUGGGAUGUAUGCUUCAUGGGCUUAUGCAUUGGCACAGGUUAUCAUCGAGAUUCCUUAUCUGUUUGCUGAAACAGUUAUGUUCACGGUUAUCACAUAUCCAAUGAUUGGAUACUACGGGUCAGCAUACAAGGUUUUCUGGUACUUCUAUGCCAUGUUUUGCACGCUGCUGUACUUCAAUUAUUUGGGAAUGCUGCUUGUUGCGAUGACACCAAGCUUUCCCAUAGCUGCAAUUUUGCAAUCUGCUUUUUACUCCAUGUUCAGCCUGUUUGCUGGAUUCUUGGUUCCUAAGCCACAAAUACCCAAGUGGUGGAUCUGGUUUUACUAUCUAAUGCCUACAUCUUGGUCCCUAAACGGCAUGCUUUCUUCACAAUAUGGCGAUAUAGAGAAGGAUAUCAAGAUUUUUGGAGAAAAGAAAACAGCUGCAGCCUUUUUGAGGGAUUAUUUUGGAUAUCACCAUGAUGAAUUACCCAUUGUGGCUGUAGUGCUGAUUCUGUUCCCUCUUGUUUUUGCCUUUUUAUUCACACUUUGCAUUCAGAAGUUGAACUUUCAAAGGAGGUGAUGGAAAUUGAAAAUUCUGGCUGGUUUAUGUUUAUGCAGAAAAACAUGUUAAAAAAUCACUUUUACUAUGUUGUUUUGAGGGAAUAUUGUAUUUUCAAUGGGUGGAUAUGAAGAUAUUAUACAGAUUUGUAGA